GAAAGAGAAAGCCAAGUAGACAUUGGCCAGCUAGAAAACAACUAAGCAAAGAUUAUGAAGUAUAUGAACCCCAUUAAACAAACCAACCACAAUAUAUAUACCUAAUCUAACAUGUUAAUUUUCUCCUCAUCUUUGUGUCCUAAAUAAACAUGACUCAUUUUCAUUUGAGACAAAAACUACUCUUCUCAUUUAUACUAAUCCUUUCAUUAACAACAUUUGUUUCUUCACAUAGCAGGCCCUAUUCAACUCCAAGUGUCACACACAUAACUGAUUCUUUUCCUCAUGUACCAAUAGAAAGUGCUUUUUCUAAUGCUUUCGGAGCCUCACAUGUCAAGUUUCUUAGUAAUGGGUCCAUGGUCACUUUGGCUCUUGACAAAAUCUCAGGCUCUGGCUUGGUCUCUCAAAAUAGAUACUCAUAUGGAUUCUUUAGUGCUGCAAUCAAAUUACCUGCUGGUUUGUCACCUGGAGUUGUAGUUGCUUUUUAUUUGUCAAAUGCAGAUAAAUUCCCUCACAGCCAUGAUGAGAUAGAUAUUGAACUACUUGGUCAUGACAAAAGAAAUGAUUGGGUGAUUCAAACAAAUCUCUAUGCCAAUGGAAGUGUCAGCACAGGAAGAGAAGAGAAAUUCUAUCUUUGGUUUGAUCCAACACAGCAGCACCAUUAUUAUAGCAUCUUAUGGAACAGCUAUCACACUGUGUUUUUUGUUGACAAUAUUCCAGUGAGAGAAUUCACACACAAAAACACAUACCCAUUUAUUUAUCCAUCAAAACCAAUGUCAUUAUAUGCAACAAUAUGGGAUGGUUCAGAAUGGGCUACACAUGGAGGAAAAUACCCUGUUAACUACAAAUAUGGACCAUUUGUUGUUUCAUUUACUGAAAUGGAAUUAAGUGGUUGCAUAGCUGAUCCAAAAGUACCAUUUUCUUCAUGUUCUAAUUCAAAUCCUUCAGGACUAGACCCUGUUAAUGGAGCAGAGUUUAAUAAGCUUUCACAGCAACAAAUAGCAGCUAUGGAUUGGGCUAGAAGAAAACUCAUGUUUUAUUCUUAUUGUAAUGAUAGACCUAGAUACAAAGUUUUGCCAGCAGAAUGUCACUAAAUUAUAUAAAGAAAAUUAAUUUAGAAAAAUAAAGAAUAAGAAAUUCCUCAAUUAUCAUGAAGGAAAAUAUAAUUUUUUAUUUUAUUUUAUAAUUCCAUACCUUAUUAUCCUUCAUGAUAAAUAUUUUUGAGGAAUUUCUUUUUCAUACCAUUUCUAAUAAUUUAUAAUCUUUUAUUUAAAUUAUUAUUUUAAACUAAGGGGGAUAAUGAUUUAUACAAGUUCAAGUACUCUUUGCCUUGACAAUUUGCAUUGAAGAGAGACAGAGACAGGAAUAUGGACAACUCAAUAUAAUGUACUUUCAUGUAUCUAUAUACACAAGUUGUUAUAUUUAUAUACUUAAACAGCCAAAAGUGCUAAUUAUCA